GAUACUGCACUCCUGGUCCUUUAAGAGUCCAAAGGGCGGGGUUUGGAGCGGAAGUUGUAAAUCAAGGCCGAAGUCCGGCAAAUGAAGGGCGGAAGUACAUGCCCAGUGCUGCAACUAUGGCGCAGGCAGAGGAGGAUGUCAGAGAUUAUAAUUUGACUGAGGAGCAAAAGGCGAUCAAGGCCAAAUAUCCUCCAGUCAAUCGGAAGUACGAGUAUUUGGAUCAUACAGCGGAUGUCCAGUUACACGCAUGGGGAGAUACUCUGGAGGAAGCAUUUGAACAGUGUGCAAUGGCCAUGUUUGGUUACAUGACAGAUACUGGGACUGUGGAGCCUCUCCAAACAAUAGAAGUAGAAACCCAAGGAGAUGACUUACAGUCUCUUCUGUUUCACUUUUUGGAUGAGUGGCUUUAUAAGUUCAGUGCUGAUGAAUUCUUCAUACCCCGGGAAGUAAAAGUACUUAAUAUUGAUCAAAGAAAUUUCAAAGUACGGUCAAUUGGGUGGGGAGAAGAGUUCUCAUUGUCCAAGCACCCUCAGGGUGGAGAAUCAGUUGACUGGAAAGUCAGAUGGCCCAGCUGCCUGUCCCAAGCAUCUGUACUGAGAGGACAGAGGGAAUCCUUGAGUAGAGGACCUAUUUUGCACAUAAAAGAAGCUGGGAAGAUCUUUUAAAAAUAUAUCAGCAGACCCAUCCUCUACAAUCUCCACAUACGAUCUAUUCUCAUCUUCACUCAAGUGCCAUCUGGAAUCCUUGUCUCCAUCUGAAGGGGACAUAAGAUGCUGUUCAGCUUCCAAAUCAAUGGGGAGGCUGUCUAUGCCAACUUCAGCAAGGCACUCAUUACAGAGUCUGUAGCGCCUGGUUCCUUCCUGUACCACUUGCCCUGUUAGAUCAGUCACAUGGCGUUUGCAUUUUCUGCAGAUAAGUUUGCAUGCCUGGUGAAUCUGUGUAGAGAUUUAAAUAGUGAUAAAAAAAGAUUUUUCAAAAGCAGGACAGUUUGAUAUUCUAGGUACCAAUUCAUAUACUUAAGAUGUCCAAAGCCAAGCAUUAAUAUUAAAUUAACACCUAGUUAUUAGUAAAAGAUCACAGGUUUUGGUGAUAAAUUGAUAUCAGAGAAAUAUUAAACACCACUUUUCUCUAAAUAAUGGCUAUGUUUUCAUGAUUAAUAUAUACUAAAUGAUUUCACAUAUCCCUUAAUCCAAUACUAUUUUGAUAUCUGAGGUAGUAAUAAGGGACACCACCUUUCCAGUGUAAUAAAAUGCAAACAAUAUAUGCCAUGUACUAUUCUAAGGACUUUUCAUACCUUAAUUUUUGGGGAAAAAAACCUCUUGUUUCAUGUGAGUAUUAAUUUUUUUUAUUUUGCUAGAGAAAAUACAUUGUCCCAAUUAUAAAUUUAUCAAAAAUUAUUUUUGGAUAUAAGGAUUCCUUGCCACUUUUAUUAAUGAAAGAUUUGGUAGAAAGAGGACUGAACUAGGAAAUCAAAGUCCUUUUGUUCUAGUCCUGGUUUUGUUAUUUACUAACUAUGUACCUUGAAGCAAGUAAUUUAGAACAAUAUAAACCUGUUUCUAGGGUGACAGUCAAAAUAUUUAACAACUACUAAGGUAAGGACAUUACCCAAAAAGACUAGAAACCUGACUAAUCAGAAUAGACACUGGUCAUUACACCACCACAGUGGCUCUGCUAUGUAGCAGCCUAUUAUUAUCCCUACCUACUUCAUUAUUACAAUUCGGGUUGUUAAGGAUCAAAUGAGUUAGUAUGUAUGAAAUGCUUUGGGAAAAAGUUGUAAUUAAUGAAUAAUUAUAGUUAGUAAUAAAUGAUUUUGUUCAAUCAUUGUCAGAGCAGAUUAUGGGUUCUAAUCUAAAAAUUAAUUACAAUAAUUGUAUAAUACUGAAUUAAUUUUUAUGGUGUAUUCAUUUAGAUAAAGUCAGAUCAGUAUGGAA